AUGGUUUUCUAUUUCACUUCGAAUGUCGUCGAACCCUCCGCCUUUAUUUAUGUUGGCAAGGACAAAUUUGAGAACGAGGAUCUCAUCAAAUAUGGAUUGGACAAUGAUGUCGAAGGCGAAACGUGGGACAACAUCGCCCAGCCGCUUCUAGAGGAUUGCGCCCAGCUUACAAAAGCGAACUCCAUUGAAGGAAACAAGAAAGAUAAUAUCACCAUUAUCUACACGCCAUGGUCAAACCUGAAGAAAGACGGGUCAAUGGCGGCCGGUCAAGUCACAUUCCAUAAUCACAAGCUGGUCCGCAAGAUCUAUGUCAAGCAGCGUGAGAACCCAAUCGUCAACCGUUUGAACAAGACCCGAGUCGAGAAAUUCCCUGAUCUCCAAGCUGAGAAGGAAGAGGACACAAAGAAGAAGCAGCGCGGUGACCGCAAGACCCGGGAUGAACAGCGUGCGAAGGAAAAGAAGAAGCAGCAAGAGUAUGAACAGCUCAAGUGGCAGAAAGAUCAUGCAUAUGAUGACAUGUUCACGGAUGAGAAUCUGGAGGCCAGCAACAACCAGGACCGAGAUGAGGAUUUCCUCGACGACUUCAUGUGA